AUGUCGCAUGGUCCGCCGCAGUAUCCGCUUCUGCAGAUAUCGCCCACAUACGAUUUGAAGAUGCACGAGCCCUCAGGCAAAGUGGUGGAUACGUUUCUUACCGACCCAUUCCCAGCGUUCUCUCUCUCGCACGCCGCGGCGCCGAAAGAGUCCCGCAAGAGAUAUCGUCCCACAGCCACCGCCAGCAAUAGUCCCGGGCCGGACCCGGCGAGCGAAGCCUCGGAGACUGGCGACGAGAUGAUCAUCUCCGACAUGGAGUCGGGCCCCAUCACCUCUCUUGCUACAACUACAGUGCACCGGCUGAAACGUAGACUCACGCUGGCCGGGCUGGGCGUCAUGGCGAGCCUGGGUGUUCUGGGCGUUCUGACGAACCUGGCGGUUCUGGACGAGUCCGCGUUUCUGCUGCUGAUCGCCAGCAGUCGCUACGAGCCUGCUCUGGCCGUUCUCACCGCCUCCACAAGCUGCCCUCCACUGGCUCUUGCUCCGUUCCCUUUGCCUAGCGCGGCGGUUUCCAUGGCUGUCGUCACCCCUGCCGAGCGUGACCCUAUCCAUCCCUGUACACCUGCGGCCAUGGAGUCGAUGACCGGCACGCCGGUCUCGGAUAUGGAUGAUCAGAAUCCCCAGCAGCUCGUGCUUCCGCUGCCGCUGGCUUCUCCUGUCCAGGCCGCGAAAAAUAAGGCCUCGGCCCACGAAUGGAUGGACCAUUAUCUCCGUAGGGCGCCUGCUACCCAGAGCGAGUUGGUCGAGCUUAUCUCCAAGUUGAGUGGGCUUGUUCUGCCUGUGAACAAGUCUAACUUGGCCUUCCAAGUGAUGCGGCAGUUGGAGCGGCUGCAACUUCUGUCCCUCUGUGGGUUGGUUCAACGGAGUCUCCAGCAUGAUCUUUUGACCAGCUUACCGCUCGAGAUUUCGCUCAAUAUUCUCUCGCGCUUGGAUGCUGAGUCAGUACUCAAGGUAUCUCAAGUGUGUCGUCUGUGGUUCCGCUUGGUCGACAACAAUAAGCUUUGGUGCAACUUGCUCCGAAGAGAUAAGUUGGUCUCUGAUGAGCUGCAUUUACAGCGCGAGCUCAGUGAUCCGUUGCGUCUCAUUGCAGAGUGGUCUACUUCGCCGUCUGCUCGCCUGCCGGAAGCCAAUAUCGCUCAGCUCCUUUACAAAAAACGUCACAUCAUCAUGAACCGCUGGAUGGAUGACCAGUACGAGCCUCGUCGCAUCAGCAUCAGUGGCCAUGGAGCAAACAUCGUUACCUGUCUCCAACAUGAUGAGGAGAAGGUCAUUACUGGAAUUGAAGGGAAAGUCAUUCAUGUGCAUUCCACAAAGACUGGUAAGCUUUUGCGCCUCUUGAAGGGCCACGAUGGUGGAGUUUGGGCCCUCAAAUAUUUCUCAAAUACUUUGGUCAGUGGCUCCACCGAUAGAGAUGUUCGUAUCUGGAACAUUAGAACUGGUAGAUGCACCCACAUUUUUAGAGGACAUACGUCAACUGUGCGGUGCUUAGACAUUCUCCAUCCCGUUCAGAUUGGAGUCGAUCAGAAUGGAGAGCCCAUCAUAUUCCCCGAAGUUCCAUUGUUGGUGACUGGUUCAAGAGACCAUAAUCUUCAUGUAUGGAAGUUGCCAAUGCUGAAUGAGCAAGAAGAUGCUUCUGGACCAUCCAAUGAGUAUGCCGAGCCAGAAUGCUACGAUUCCAAGGACCCAAACAAUCCUUACCUCGUCACCGUGCUUGUAGGACACACGCAGUCUGUUAGAUCGGUAACGGCAUACGGAAAUAUUGUCAUCUCUGGCUCCUACGAUACCACUGUUCGUGUCUGGGAUUUGUUAGAUGGAGGAAGAUGCAAACAUGUGUUAGAAGGACACAACGAUAAAAUCUAUUCAACAGCUUUAAACUUCAAGAACAGACGGUGCUAUUCGGGAUCCAUGGAUCUGUCAAUCAAUGUGUGGGACUUCGACAAGGGCAAGCUCUUAUAUUCGUUAGAAGGCCAUAACUCUUUGGUCGGUCUAUUAGAACUUUCUGAGAACUAUCUCGUGUCUGCUGCCGCUGACUCGACUCUUCGUGUUUGGGACUCCAAAACAGGUGAAAACUUGAGCAAAUUGCGUCGUCAUAAUAGCGCCAUCACAUGUUUCCAGCACGACGAUCACAGAAUUGUCAGUGGCAGCGAGCGUAUGCUCAAGCUCUGGAAUAUCCGCACAGGCCAUUUUGUCCGAGACUUUUUGUCAGAUAUCACCGGAAGCAUUUGGCAAGUCAGCUUCGACCAAGAUAGAUGUGUUGCAGCCGUUCAAAACAGCAAGGAUGGCCGCGAGGAAACAUAUAUUGAAAUCCUCGAUUUCAGCACUCCUCUUUAUCGUACGCACAGUUCCGGCAACCGGGUUCCAGUGCUACUCGCUCCAGCCAUGGAAUAA